UGCUGCAGUGAUCCUGCCAGCACGUGUAUGGUGCACGGCAGUACCCUCUCUGCCCACCACCGUCUACCAGCCAUGGGGACUGCAGGCUUCUGCCGCAUUCAGGGUAAAGCUGCCAUCUGCAGUUUCUCAGCAUCUUCUAAGAUGGCUAAAAUAUCCGAAGGAAUUCAGGAGCUGACGCCAUAGCUGCUGGCACCAUCGGUUUUGUCAGCAGCAUUUAUCCUUAUCCUCCUGUCACCUUCUCUCCACCAUCUGCUGCAGUGCUGCCCAGGACCAUGAUAUCUGAGUUAGAAGAAAGUAUGGAUGAUUUGGAGACUAGUUUUGUUAAUCGUCAGAAAGCGGAUGAUGAGGAACUGCAAGAAUUACUGAGCAGAAUGAAAAAAAAAACAAAGGCUUUACAUCCAGGACCAGAUUAUUGCUUUCAAAAUGACCCUAUAUGGGCUCCAGGUGAAGAACGUCCAGGACCUGAACCAGACCCAGAAAAACGGCUGAAUAAUGUGACGUGGUGUAAAUGUCAUAAUUGUACAGCCAUGAAAUCAGUGACAGAAUCAAUUUGUUGCUUGGAGUUGGAAGUUUUGGAGCAUUUCCUGCCUGAAAGCGUCACAUGUGUUACCCAAAACACAGAAUUUAGUUCUCGAUGUCUCGAUCAAGAAACUUUGGUGACAGCAAUGAUUACGCAAACAAUCAAUUACGGAAGAAGUAUUGAUUAUAGAAAACCAAAAUGUUUUUCCUUUUGCACGGGUGUUGAUUGGACAACUUCACUUGGUGCACUUUGGAUAUUCUUCUCCUUUCCUUCCCUGGAAUACCUCCGUAUUGGUUACCUAUUGGACCGUUUGUUGAACCUUCUGCCUGGAUCUGCAGUGGAGGAUAUUUCUUGUUCGCCCUACAUGCAUUUUUGGACUAUACUGAUCUGAUGAAUGACCCUGGCCUUUUUGUGUCUCCUUUAUGCUUUACUAUGCUAAGCAUCUUCCUCUGGUCCUCAGUUGCGGACUCAUACUCUGUGGUCGACAGGACAAAAUAUUGUCUCUGCAGCACCCCUUCUCUUCCCCUCCCUUACUUCCCCCUUCCCUGUUGUCUUACCCCCACUCCUUCUUUUUUUAGGAUCUAAAAGAUAAAAAUAGAUAUAAUUUAUAAUAAAUAAUAUAAAAUAUAAAAAACAAAAAAUAAAUAAAAUAAAAAAACUAAUAAAUAUAAAAAAUAAGGAAGUAUAAUUAACUUAAUUAAAAAUAAAAAGUAUAAAUAAUGUAGAUUAAUAAAUCAUGUAUAAAAUAACUGAUAUAAAUAAUAUAAAAUAAUUGACACAAUUCAAAAGUUAGGGGUUUUAAUAUAAGUUUUUUAUUUUAUAUACUGUACACUAAUCAAGUUCACUGCAUCGCAUAUUGUGUGGAUUCUGUAUAUACUUUGAAUGCAUACCUUAUUCACUCCUUCCCUUUUUUCUGGUUGAUGUUUUAUGAUCACAGUUCCAAUAUGUAUAUAUAUAUAGGGAUUCAUGCUUAUCACUUUCCCCCCUAUAAGGUAUUUAUUAAUGUUAUUAUUUAUGUCCUAUCCUUUGUUUGUUUCCCCUCCCCUUUUGUCCUCUUGCUCACAUGGGUCUUCAUGCGUACAUGUCGAGCUUUCAUUGCGUCAUGCUGCUUCCGGUCCAUGGAAUGCAGCGCACGCUGUGAUCCAGCACGACAUACUGCUUUUGCUUAUUGGAACGCGGCGCGCGCUGCUCCAUCUGAUCGACGUGCACUCACGCAUGCGCAGAUGGCAGUUCCACCCGCCGCUUGUCUCGGCGCGCAUUUCUGCCUCUGCGCCGAGCCCACACUGACGACCAGUACCUCCUCUUCCUGGGGGGCCCCUCUAAUAGACCACAUGUACUCCCACACCACAGGUGACUAUUACUAUUUCAUUUCAUUAUGACUAUGCAUAUAUAUAUGAGCUCAUAUGUGAUACAUACUGUAAACAGGCACCCCUGAGGAAGCCAACAGAGCCUGGCGAUACACGUUGGACUUUUUUCCCUGUCCACCACGCAUACUCCCACCAUGUUACUUCCAUGAUAAGUAUUUUACUUAUAUCAUUCAUGUUGAUGGAUUUCAUGCAUUUUAAUUGUAUCUUACCUAUUACUUACCUAUGUGGGAUGAUGCUUAUUGUUUUGUGGUAGAGUCAGGGUGGCCUGUGAUACUCAUCCAGUCCACACAGCCAUGAAUUAUUGUUUUUCAAUGAUUUUAAU